AUGGAGAUCCUGUGGUACGGCAGUUCAGUCAGCGUGCUGCAGCUUCUUGAUCCGUCUGCGAACGUUACAGUUUUGGCAAAGAGCAAGGAGGAAGCACUGGUGGUGGGUAGGAUUCGUUAUGGGGAUUCCUUUCCCAAGGUCUUCAACCUCGCAUGCACUGAGGAAGGCGAAGCAACAAGGCUGCCGCAGCUGCAAAGCAGUAAGGUUGCAAUCGCGGCAUGCGUGCAGAACGAGACGGAUAUGGCAACGGUGAUUGACAUGGCUUCAAGGCUGGACAAGAUCUUUGCUGUUGUCAUUGCUGGCCCGAUGGUCCCGGACGUCAUUGCGCAUGGCGAGAUGACGAGCUGGAGCUUCAACACUAAGGAUGUGUUGUGGGAGCUGGUGGGGUCAGCUUUCGCAGGCAAGACGUCUUUCAUUGCCAUGGUUCGCAAGGCCGACAGAGCUGAAAAGCUCCAGCAGCUGCUUGAGAAGUCAUCGAAGGAUCACGUCGGUUACGAGAACUCCGUCUACACUCCUCAGCCUCAGAGUCCCUCGUCCACAUUAACCCCUGUCGUGCAGGAGCCGGGGGCCAAUGCCGGCAAACGGCGCUUCAUUGAGGAUGCAUUGACCGAGUUGAGAGGGACUGGGGAUGGCCUGCGCAGGCCCUUGUUCAUCGAGGGCGAAAAGACCAAGCGCCAAUGCAUGAUGAAGCCUCCGCUCUGCAACCGGCGCAGCGCAGUUUUGAUGCGACAUGAGUCGCUUGAUUUCCUUCUGGGCCCCCACGAGUUUGCUUGCUACCUUGGAUGGCGAGAGCAUCCCUUGAACAUGACUUUGCUCCCCAAUGCUACGGCCCAGCAAAUCUUGGGGCAGAGUCUUUCGAAGGGCGUCGCGAGCAUCAUGUUGGCAGUUUUGAAUGGCGUCAUGGGCGAGACGGGUGCCUUACGUGGGGAUGAGCUGGAUGAGGACCAAUCCGAUGAGACGGAGACCAUCGAGCUCUCAUGGUGGCUGAAGAUCAAGUUGUGGAGCUUGACUCAGUACCGGCGGAUCGUCUACCUGGACGCAGACAUUCUGGCGAUGCAGCCUAUCGACGAGCUCUUUGCCCUGCCUGAGGAGGUGGCGUUUGCUGCACCAGCCCACCUUUCACGCGAUGGGACAGGCUCGGAGAUAUCGGUGGGCGUCAUGAGCUUGCGGCCGGACAGGCGGAUCUAUGAGGCCAUGAUCUCCUUCCUCUCUGGGGCAGCAGAGCACUUUGUGACGGGCGUGCGCUCGGUGGACCAGAUGCUCCAGCACAGUUUCUUCGCCAGCCACUUCCACUGGGGUGGAUACCCCAGGUGGGAGGUUGGCACCGGGCGCUUCGCCGGCUGUAGCGAGGAUGUGCCGCCCAUGAGUCCGAGCAGCUUCGGGUCGCAGCAGGAAAGCCUAGGGCUCGUUUGUGUGCUGCCUCCACGAUACGACUUCUGUGUGUCCUAUCCUGCGCUCGUGGCCGGCAUGGACUCGCCGGAGUUUCAGGAGGCGGAGCUGGCGAUCCAAUUUCUCCAACCCGGGGAGCGUGCAGAGGCUGAGGGCUUCUCGGCACAACUCCGCGCCAAGCUCCUUCACUGGCGUCAAGAGGUCAAGAAGCCGUUUGAUGCCAGGCACAGCGCCAGCAAUCGCUGGAUGGGCCUCUGCCGUGCCAGUUUGAUUGCCCACCUGGUGGCCUAUGUCGACCCACCUCUGUCGUUUGCCGAGUCUUUCAACUGUUCACCGCAAGUCCUUUGGCUCGUCAGCUCUGUGUCUUUGGUGAUCACCCUUGGCUUCAUCUCUGUUUGGGCAUGGCGGGAACACAGGGCCUGCAGUAAGAUGCUGAAAAAGCGGCCGAUGCGUCCGCUGGAACUGCAGCUGGCGAGAGCCAUCAACUUUUUCCCGCUGCCCAUCUGCGCCAUGGCCUUCGCCACCAUGAUGUAUCCGGCGCUGGCCUACUCCGCUGAUAUGGUCGCGGGUAUCUUCACUGCCGUGAUCAUGGGAGGUCUGGUCCAGUACAUCAUGUUGGCCUUUGGAAACGACUACUCCAUCAGCGUCCUUCUCAACGAGACGCCCUUGAAGAAAUGGUGGUACCCGUCCUACUGCGGAGGCAGUAACGACAUGCUUCCGGGUCUUGGGCCGGUUUGGAGCCGUGAGGAGCACAAGAUCCGCGUCUUGGAUAUCAAGCGGUCGAUUGGCCUGGUCGAGGCCUUCAUGUACAUCUUCGUGUUCACCAGUGUGAUCGUAGUGUCGAACAGCAUCAUCCCAACGGCCGUCUUCAAGUCGGAGGACGGUUACUGCCACACCAACCCCGUCUAUCCAAAAAGCAUGGGCACGACGAUGGUGAUUCUGCAGGUCCUGUCGACGUUCAUUGGCUCCGCCGGCUUUAGUAUCAUCUCUGCGGCCGCACAUCACUCGUUUACGAAGCUUGAUGAAGAUGGGGAAUACAACUUCCAGAAGAAAGCGUGGGCAGCCUUCUUUUUUCUGCAGCUUCCCUUGUUGAAGGUCGUCCUUUCCUACAUCCCCAUGGCCCUGCCGGCAUCUAAUGGUCUCAGCAUUCCGACAGCCGUGACAGUGUCGACUCAGCAGCUGCCAGAUGGAAAGUUCACCACCAGUGGGGAAAUGAUCUCCUGCCCGAUCUUUGACCAGGAGGUCUGCGUCCCCAUGCUUUACAACUGUUUGGUGACCGUCGCGAUGGCAUACUUGUCCUACUGGCAGUUCCGGAUCUACAAGCCUGGGCAGACCUUCGAUGAUCUCCGAAUGCGCUUCAUCAAAGUCUACGGCGAGAUCCCUUUGCCGGUGAAGGAGGACUCCUCCUCCGAAGAGGACGAUGAAGAGGAGGACGAUGAUGAGAAUGCCUUGUGCUGA